GGCGAGUGUAAACAAACAAGUGACGCCCCUCGCUGUCACUUUCUUGCUUCUCCGUCCACAUUUGGGCUUCAUUUCAGGUCUGGAGACCGGAGAGUAGUGCUCGCUGGCGCCCAGGUGGUCCUGGACCUUAAACAACAUCAAGAGGAAGACAUAAGAAGAGUUGAUAAGGCUGUCAGGGUGGUGGAAGCUGCGUUAUCAUGGAGAGAACUUCUGUUGUCACUCCCAAUGUGGACUUGACUAAGGUGGAGGCGAUCAAUCAGAAAAGAACCCUUGCCUUCAUUAAUCAUUGGACAUUACAUACUGUGGCUUUCCUCAACCAGUUCUCGGCAGUCUGUGAAGAACGACUCUUGAACCUUGAUACUAAACUUCGUCGAGCUGAUCACACACUUGCUAUUCUUGAAUCCAAGCUAAGUUCAGUUCCUGGCCUGGAAGGUGUAGUGGCACCAACCUCUGAUAGUAGCCAGGUAGCAACAAACAACACAGAUAGUGCAGUUACUGAAAAGCCUGAAACCAUUUCAAGCCCAAAUAUAGAUGCCAUCAAUGCUACUCAUUCUGCCACAGCCAAUACUGAAGUGGAACCAGAAAGCACAGAUGAAGCACAUGAAGUAAGUUCAGCUCCUGCAGCCACACCAGUCAGUCAAGACCCGAGAUACAUACAGUAUUUUAGGAUGCUCAAGAUGGGUGUACCAGCGCCAGCUAUUAAAAUGAAGAUGUCCAAUGAAGGUGUCGAUCCAUGUUUACUUGAUGAUCCUAAUGCAGCAGCUCCUCCUCAGGAUGCUACUGUACCAUCCAGACACGAUAGUGACUCAGACACCAGCUCUGCCUCAUCUUGGAGCGACUAAUAAUUUCUUUUAAGUCUAAGAUGAUGGCAAUCAAUCUAUGCAACAUUGGUGACAGUGGAAUCACUAGAUGCAAAAAAAAAAGUUAAAUUGUAUAUAUAAUUAAAGUAUGGUGCAGUAUAUUGUACAUAGAUGUAUAUGCCUGAAAAUUUAUCUAUUACUGGUACAAAGAGGAAAUUUUUUCUUGUUACACAUUGGCCAUUUCCCCACAGAAGCAGGUGACCCGAAAAAGAAGAAACACUUUUAUCAUCAUUCACUCCAUCUGUCUUGCCAGAGGUGUGUCAGUGCUAGUUAAAACAACAUGGGAUAAAGUCAGUUUUCUGAAGUUUGAAAUAUCUGAGUAAACUUGUUUAACUUGAAUCUUAUCAGCCAUUAUCAACACUGGGGCAUCUUGCCCUCCUAAGCAGAUGUAGUGUUUUACUGUGAAAAGACUGUUAGUAAAGUGAUGGUAAUGCUACAAUUAUGACACUAAAUUACAGUUCUAAAUAAUUCCUUAACGUAAUACAGUAUUCAAGAGGCUGUAAAACUGGAAACCUUUAUUGAGAUAUAAUUUACUCAGAAUAUCAAACUUUCACUAGUGUUUAAAAAAUAUGUGGUUAGCAUAGGUCUAUAUAGUCUUGCAUCACUUAACAACUGGGAUGCAUUCUGAGAAAUGCAUCGUUAGGCAAUUUUUUUGUUGUGCAAAUAUCAUAGUUUCUUUUUUUUCGUCAUAGAUUUCCUUGUAAGCAAAUAAUGCACCAUGAACAUUACUCUCUAUUAAUGAAAACCUCUUGGUGUUGGGGUCCAUGUUUUCAAACAUUUUAAGGAGCUUGUUGAGAUCUGCAAAAGCUUUUGCUAAACCCUUCAUUCUAAAUUUUCUUUGGGGUUCUCUUUUUAUAUUCUUCUGCAGUUUCCUUUUCUCUUCUCUUCAGCUGUGGCAACAUUAGCAGUGGAUAUUUUAUGCUUAGGGGCCAUUAUGAGUAAAACAUAAGAUGAAACCCAGCAGUGGGAUACGGCUGGUACGUUGAAAGAAAGAAAAGAAAUCCAACGCAAGGGAAAAUGAUACUCUCAUAAGAUGCGGUAAACAUGAGAUCCAUGAGGCUGUUGCUGGCACAAUGUUUUAUACUGCUUUACAGUAAACUCUUUUCUUUAUAAGUAAGAAGAGUAAGAUAAGAGAGAGAGAAUUUCAUUUGGAUUUUUAACUUUGCAGGGUAAGUCACCCAGGAUAACACAAGAAAAUCAGUGCAUUAUCGAGGAAUGUCUGUCUUAUUUCCAUUGGGGUCCUCAGUUUUGUCCCCCAGGAUGCGACCCACACCAGUCUACUAACACCCAGGUACCUACUUGCUGCUAGGUGAACAGGACAACAGGUGUAAGGAAAUGCAUUAAAAUGUUUCCACCCUGCCGGGAAUCGAACCCGGGCCCUUCAUGUGUGAAGUGAGAGCUCUGCCAGCCAGGCCACGGGGUCACGGUACACUCUAGAAAAAGGAUAAAUCCAUGAACCAGUAACAUAAUUGUUUAUUAUCAAGUAUUAUGUACUGUACAUAAUUGUAUGUGCUAUUCUUUUAUGACUUGCAGCGCAUGGGACCACAACCAUAUGUGCAGUCCAUCAUUGACCAAAACAUCUUUGUGGUUAUAGUUGGGAGAGCAGGUGAUGAUUAGCAAGAUACAAACUUGACUGCCAGUAAAGAAGAAUUUGUACCAAGGGCUAUCUGAGAUAAAACUAAAGUUUGCUUUGUACUAACCUACAGAACAAACUUUAGCAUCUGGCUGUCAAGCCCAGAGGAAGCUGUGUGCUGGGAGGUGUGUGAGCCAGAGGUUCUACCAGCUGGAAACUUCUCUGGUUGUAGGUGAUGGUAUCUGUAGUACAAAUUAAAGGUGAUUCAAGGCUUUCUUUUCUGUUUGUCUUUUUCAUGGAUAACCAUACUUGCCCUGGACCAGUCAAUAUAGUGUGAAACUGUUACAGCCUUUCCUCACUUAGCAAUGUACUCGUUUACCAACACCUCGGACUUACGACGGGCUCUCUGACCAGUAUUCAUACCUGAAUAAUGUAUAUUUGAGCUGAUAUCCUCUAUAUCUGUUUAUUUCAGUAUAUAGUACACUAUUGUAUAAAUAUUUAAAAAUAUACCAGGAAUAUUAUAAAUGGUGCAAAGGUGACAGUAAAACAAUAUCAAAGAUGGUUGACAAAAACUCACAACCAUUAUAGUAUGCUCCUCACUUAGUGAUGAAUUCAUUUAACGACAUAGUCUCAGGAACAGAAUUUCGUCGUUAAGCAAGGAGCGGCUGUACUAUGUACAACACAGGCAUUGUUGAAAAUGGUAUUAAAUACCUAACUGUUGCGCGUCUUACUCAACAUGUGUUGCUCUUGGUACAUCAGGCAUAUCUGUGGGAAAAUAUAUACUCGUGUGAACAAAUUCCUAGCUGUCUCACUCGUAUAUAAUUUACAACAGCCACUAAAAGGAAUGGUGUAGAUGUCUAAAUUCUCCUCAGUAUUGGCAUGAAGUCUCUCACCAUAAUCACUAUCAGACAUUAUUAGGCCUAAGAGGGUUAAUGCCAACCUCCAAAGAGAAUCUAGGCAUCCACACCUUUCAGUAUAAUGAAUGUAAUACUAUACAUAGGUGAAAUGGCUAGGGAUUUGUCCACAACUAUAUUUGCUGCACUAAUAACAACAGCAACACCUGUUUUACAUCAUAACAUGACUUCACAUCAUGUGAAUUGGCCCACAUCAAACAGUGUUAUCCAUGAAAAAGUCAGAAAUGGAAGAAAAUGCCUUAAGUCAUCCCUAAUUUGUACCAUAGAUACCACCUAGAAUCCGGGAAGUGUCCAGUUGGUGAGAGCCCAGGCUUACAUGUUUCUCAGUGCACACACUGCCCUCCUGACCUGACAGUAAGGUUUGCAUCUCAUGACAGCUAAUCGUCUGCUCUUCCCGUGCUUACCCUCUACUCACUAGACUUCUGUAUAGUCCUUGUGGCUUAGCGCUUCUUUUUGAUUAUAAUAAUAAUAAUACUCACUAGACUUGAAAAGAGCUAGGUCUCAAAGUGAAAUGUUGACUUAAUAAAGGUUUCCAGUUUGCCUUAGUAUGCUUUUUAUCGUAUAAUAUUAAUAAAUAUUAUUAUCGCUCUUUUUAUGAAUGUUUUACAUUACUCGAUACUGGUGGGGAAGUAUUUGGUAACAAAGAGAGCAUGUAAGAUAUUCAGUGACAUAUUAAAUAUUUUUCAGCCUCUUAUAAUACAUUGUUUGAAAAUACUUCUCAUGCAGUCCUUGGAAAUAAAUUCUCAAUUUUUAAUAAUGCAUUCACAGUGUAUAAUAUUUUUAAUCUUUGAUAAUAUGUUCACAGUCCUUCAUAAUAUAUCCACAUUCAUGAUAAUACUUUCACACUCUUUCAGUUAUAAUAUGUUCACAAUCUAUCAUAACACCGAUAUAGCCUUUCAUAAUAUAUUUAGUCUUUUAUAACACCUUCAGUCUCUCAUAAUACUAUCAUAAGACUCAAGAAGAAGACAGAACUUUUAAUUUUUACAGAUGCACAACAUUUGGUUGACAUGUGAACUUUCUCAAAUUCACUUAGAGAAAAUUCACAUGAAAACAAAAUAUAACUUGCAUCUGUUUUGUUUUUCUUGAUUUUGAUUUUUGUCUUUCAUAAUACUUUGUUACAUCCUUUCCUCAAUCUCGUAUGUUUCACGCAUUGUAGUAUCACACGUAGCUCUUGUUAUAACACUGGUCCUGGAUCAGGCUUCGUAGAUGAAAGAAACAUUACAAACUCAACAACUUUAAAGAAACACACAGGAUAUAGAUUAGUUAGGUAUCAAUUUGUAAGAUUUAUCUGCCAUCUUACACAUUAUACUUUCUCAGAAAACUGGAUUUAGACAUUAUUCAGAGUAUUUCGUCUAUGGAUAAAGAUUCAACUAGGACAUUUAUUCAGUAAAAAAGAAAGAAAGGCAGAAAUAUAGCCAGGUGCAUACACUUGUAUUUCCCUAGUCAGCUCGUUGGUUCAACCCUAAAGCAUUAACGCGUAAUUAUAAUUCUGUAUACGUACGUCGUGAGGCAGAAAGAAAGGACCAGCAAUCCUACCAAGUGCAGAAUGUUUAACAAGCCUCCAUUUCACACUCUUAUGAUAGGACAGUAGGUAGCAUGACUACUUGCAACUUGCAUACACAUUCAUGCAAUAAGGUUAUAUAGUUAUGAUAGUAUAGUUUGUUACCAAUCCUUGAUGCUGAGUGGGUUUAGUGCUUAGUUUUGAUGAUAAUAAUCCUUGAUGCUGAAACUAUAAUGUACCUUUAUGAUUUAUUCCUUUCUUCUGUGUACAGUAUAUUGUCAUUUUUUAUAAAGAGCUUAUUAA